AUGAUUCUUGGAGGAAGCUCUGUGGGAGUUAGGGUCAGGUGUGGAAAGUCUAGUAUUGAUUUGAAUCGUGAAACGUCAUCAACAUCUGUCUCUGAAACCCAACCUGAACAUCAUGUUGAAGGGUUGGAAAAUGUAGUUCUACACAAUGAAGAUGAAUCAAGCCAUAAAUGUAAAGUCAAAUGGAGCAAGGAAGCAACUAUACUUCUCAUAAGUGGAUGGCUUAAUACAUCUAAGGAUGCCAUCGUGGGGAAUGACCAAACUUCUGCAAAUUUCUGGACUCGGAUCGCAGAAUACUACAACACAAACAAAAAAUGUGAGCAAACAAGAUCUGGAAAGCAAUGGAAAGACCAUCAUUGGAACAAUAUGAAUCAAAAGAUGGAAGAGCCAAAAUGGAAUACACUGUACCAACCAAAAUGUGGUAAGAGAACAAAUGUGUUAGAAUCAGGGGCAUAUACUUCAUCUUCCAAUGCAGACAUCAGUGAUGAUGAUGUACGUGAAGUGUGCCCUACUGGCCAAAAGAAGUUGUAA